AUGGAAAAAUCCAGAAGUUUUCGUGUUCGACCUGAACACAAGGAAGUCAUACUGGAAGAAGCAGAGAAGAAUUUCGUACUCAUUACCAAGAACUUCUCAAAAGCAAAUGCCAGGGCACAUUAUAACAAGAGUUGGAGCCUUCUAACUGCUCGGCUGAAUUCACUAGGCUAUGGUGAUAAAUCUGAAGAUAAAUGGCGAAGGUUGUUUGUUGAUUGGAUAUCACUAACAAAAUCAAAAUAUACUGAAAUUAAAAAGGAUAGAGAAAAAACAGGAGGAGGUCCACCCAACAAUAUUCAACUGAAUCCCCAAGAAGAAAGAUUGAUGGCAAUGAAAGGGUAUAGUAGUGUUGAAGAAAAUCCUACUAUUUGUGAAACUGAUAGUAUGCCAGAAGACAUGCAAUCAACAAGUCAUACAAAUAUACAUAAUGAUUCUAUUGAUCAAGAAGAUAUUAUUAUCUCGGUCGAAAACAUGGAACCAGUUUAA